UACUCCCACGAGAUCAACUAUAUUCACACGUUUUACUUUAAUAUAACUAAUAUUUACAAAAAAGAACAAAGGAAAACCCCCAAACAACUUUCAUUCUUCUUUUACCCGUUCGUUGAAGCAAACAUGAGCUCGAUAUUGGAAGACAGAGAAAAACUAUACAGGUUGAUGAUCAGCCAGUUGCGCUAUGAUGGUCUGGAGGAUAUUGCAAUGCAACUCACACAAGAGGUCAGACCUAAAGUGCCAUGUCCACCUUCUGCUCAUCUCUUUCAACAAGUUAAAAAAGCAAGACAUGCUGAUGAUUCAAAUAUUGAUGCAAAUGAUGUGAAAUUACCUGGACUAACUCCUCCAAUCAGUACAACAAAUGAUGGAUUUGAUUUGGAAGUCAUGCCAAAAGAGGGUAUGAAGACUCCUGAAAUUGGAAUGUAUGAAACAUAUUACGUGACUGCCCAUAAAGGACCAUGUCGAGCGGCAUGUUUUAAUCGAGAUGGUAAAUUAAUUGCAACUGGAUCUGCUGACUGCUCUAUAAAAGUCUUAGAUGUUGAUCGUAUGAUCGUCAAGACGACGACACCAAGCUCCAAAGAUCACGGAAUGCUGGGAAUGGAAAACCAUCCAGUUAUCCGAACGCUAUAUGAUCACGUUGAGGAAGUAACGACGCUUGCUUUUCAUCCGUCAUCGCCUGUGCUUGUGUCCGGUAGCCGAGAUUUUUCCAUCAAGUUUUUUGACAUUUCCAAACCGUCUAUAAAGAAAGCGUACAGAACGAUACAGGAAGUUGAAACGAUUCGUAGUUUGUCAUUUCAUCCGUCAGGAGAUUAUCUACUUGUUGCCACGGAUCAUCCAACAAUUCGUCUCUACGACGUAAAUUCGUUGCAGUGUUAUGCUGCAUGUAGUCCGAGAGAGUUCCAUAAUGGGCCAAUUACACAGGUCUGUUAUUCCUUAUCCGGGCAUUUGUACGCAUCGACCAGUAAAGAUGGUUGUAUUAAGGUUUGGGAUGGAGUCAGUAAUCGAUGCAUUUCCACAUUUCCAAACGCUCAUAACGGAAACGAGGUAGAGCUUGUUAUGGAGAAAUGUUUCUUGUUCGUAAUUCAGUGGCAUUCACUAAGUUCCUUCAAUCCACAGGUGUCGUCUGUGACAUUUUCUAAGAAUUCGAAGUACUUGCUGACAAGUGGCAAAGAUUCUCUGAUCUUUCUUUGGGAAUUAUCGUCAGGCCGCGCUGUCAGUAUGUACACUGGUGCCAAGUCUAACUCGCAGUAUCCCGUUGGAGCAUCUUUCAACCACACAGAAGACUACAUUUUAAUGCCUGACAGUGGCGAUUUACACAAUCCAAAGAUAGCUUCUUGGGAUGCUAGAAGUACAGAGAAACUUAAACUUCUCUCCUCAGGUCAUACCAACACGAUCAGCGGUCUUCAGCAUUCGCCCACGGCAUCUGCUUUCGUAUCAUGCAGUGAUGACAACCGCGCACGGUUCUGGUAUUCAGAGGGAAUAUGAUUGACGUUACCGUAUCAGAAACCACCAUAUGAUCUACGUCAAUGUGACCGAAAUAAGAUGAUGACUGCGGUUGCUUUCUAACGCGUUUACAUGAAUUUGAAUUGUGCUAUAAAAAACUUUCUCCUUUCUGUAAUUCAAAAGAAAAAGCUCGAGUCAUCAUUUUGAACAUUUUAUUGUUAUAUGCCAUUGAGCAAAUUCGCGACUCCACUGUGAAAAAUAUUGUUUUGAAUACUUCCAUAAAGCUUCAAGCUGAUGCUUUUUAAAUCAUUCUCGCGCGUGUGUAGAUUUUACUAAAUUAUUAUGUCAAAUAAAUGUGCAAUAAACCA